AUGGUCCAGGCCGCAGGGCGGCGCUCCAGAGCACAGCCAGCGACUUUGCCUCUGGGGGCAACCAUGACCCAGCCUCCGCCGGCCAAAACACCUGCCAAGAAGCACGUGCGGCUGCAAGAAAGGCGGGGCUCCAAUGUGGCCCUGGUGCUGGAUGUGCGGUCCCUGGGGGCCGUGGAGCCCAUCUGUUCAGUGAACACACCACGGGAGGUCAGCCUGCACUUCCUGCGCACGGCCGGACACCCCCUCAGCCGCUGGGCCCUGCAGCACCAGCCUCCCAGCCCCCAACAGCUGGAGGAAGAAUUUCUGAAGAUCCCCUCCAACUUUGUAAACCCCGAGGACCUGGAUAUCCCUGGCCAUGCCUCCAAGGACCGCUACAAAACCAUCUUGCCAAAUCCACAGAGUCGUGUCUGCCUGGGCCGGGCCCAAAGCCAGGAGGAUGGAGACUACAUCAAUGCCAACUACAUCCGGGGCUAUGACGGGCAGGAGAAGGUCUACAUUGCCACGCAGGGCCCCAUGCCCAACACCGUGGCAGACUUCUGGGAGAUGGUGUGGCAAGAAGAGGUGUUCCUCAUCGUCAUGCUCACACAGCUCCAGGAGAGCAAGGAGAAAUGCGUGCACUACUGGCCCACGGAAGAGGAGACCUACGGGCCCUUCCGGAUCCGCACCAGGGACAAGAAGGAACAUCCGGAGUACACAGUGCAGCAUCUCACCAUCCAGUGCCAGCAGGAGUGCCGGCAGGUGAAGCACAUCCUCUUCUCAGCCUGGCCCGACCACCAGACCCCGGAGUCGGCUGCGCCCCUGCUACGCCUGGUGGCCGAGGUGGAGGACAGCCCCAAGACAGCCGGCAAGACAGGGCCCAUCGUGGUCCACUGCAGUGCAGGGAUCGGCCGAACUGGCUGCUUCAUCGCUACCCGGAUUGGCUGCCAACAGCUGAAGGCGCGAGGGGAAGUAGACAUUCUGGGCAUCGUGUGCCAACUGCGCCUAGACAGAGGGGGCAUGAUCCAGACAGCUGAGCAGUACCAGUUCCUGCACCACACUCUGGCGCUGUAUGCAGCCCAGCUGCCCGAGGAGCCCGGCACCUGACCCCUGCUCUCCACCCCACCCCCAGCUGCCUGGGCACCCACUGACCCUGGGCCUCCAGAGAUAGCGGGCCAUGUGCUCUGGAGACACCCUCCCACGCCAGCACCACCAUGCUUACUCAGGUCAUCGGAAAAUGCAUCAGCAAGGAUGCGGGCCUGGACUCCUAGCCUUCAGACACUGGCUCUCCUGGGCUUCCUCCAGCAGCCCCAAAUGGAUAAUAAUGAACUUGACCAUAGGAACUGGCACUUAGGACAGCCUCCACAGCCCACUGUCGCUGGCUUCUCUGAGAUGCUCUUUGCCCAUGACGUGGACGCUAAGUGCUGUUGUCAUCAGGGAAAGCCAUCAGAGAAGCUUCCAGAAUCCAUCUUGGCUGUACCCCUUCCUGGGGUGGGCAAGGGGGUGACUCCAAGAUCAGCUCUCCUGGCAAGCCUUGUCUAAGCUCAGGCCAGGUGCCAGGGUGGGGAGAGUCAGGUCCUGACCUCAAACUCUCGACAGCCUGCAUGGCUCUCAGCUCCUGGGUUCAGUGGGGCUCUACUCAGUAGACAGGAAGGAUCCUGCUGCCCCUGCUUCUAUACCUUCACCAAGCAAGGAAGCCAGGGACAGAGGUGACCAGGCCUGGUUGUUGAAAUCUCUGCAACAGGGAACUUGUGGGAACUAUGAGAGGCCCCGGGGGCUGCCCAGGCCUCUGUAAUUGCCAGCCGAUUACCCCAACUCUUUGGGAAGGUCCAGCACGCUCUAAGUGGCAUUCCACAGCCUCAGCAGGUGUCCUGGGUACCAAGGAAGGACAGAAGACAGCAGGGAGUGAACAGAUAGCCCAGGGCAGUCUCAGACAAACAAGGACUGUCUCUACCCUGAUGGUGCACCUGUUCAGCCUGGCUGGGCCCAGAGCAAUCCAGACACAACCAUUCCCACGAAAGGGUUCCAGUAAAAAGAGGACCCCCCUCCCCCGCCGCCACCUCCUACUUAGAGAUUCAUACUUCUGGUCCACCUCCCAGUGGCACAAUCUCCAGGCACUCCAGAUCUUCAUUGAAACCAAACCCACUCCUCCAGAAAGGCACCCACACACCUGUUCCUGCCCAGAGCUCAGGCCGGUCUAGAGGGAAGCAGCUGCAGGGCCCUACCCUCUCCUCUCCGGAGCUGUCCCCCGCCCUGCUCCUCUACUCAGAGAACAAAGUAACCAACAAGGAGAAUAAAGACUGGGGGAUGCCCAAUGCUCCCUUCUCUCCUUUCAGCUGCUUCACAGACCUCAGGAACCUGGGGGUAGCCAUGCAGAGAGCCCCACCCCACACACCAGGACAGGCUGGGAGUCUUUUCCUCCAGGCACACCAGUCAAAGUGAAGAGAACUUUGGGUAGCUGGAUGGCUACAUAUUGUCUUAACCUGUUGAGGCCACCCAGCCCCAAACGCCCAAACCUGAGGGCUGGAACACUCAUCUGUAACCAUCUGUAACUGGCUGGGAGAGUGGUACCUGCUGAGUCAGGGCAGGGAAAGCCCAUGGCUCACAGAUAGAACCUUCUCAAUUCUCUCUCUCUCUCUCUCUCUCUCUGUCUCUCGCUCUCGCUCUUGCUCUCUGUCAUUUGUAAGGUAGGAGGGAUAAUCCCUUUGAGGACCUAAUCUCCUCCUAUCACCUUGCAAGAUUACAUUUCCAGCAGGUGAAUUUGGGGAGGGACACAAAUACACUACACCCUGGAGUUAGA